AUGUCCUACAAACAAAUCCUCUACAACACCCCCCCAACCGACGCCAUAAACCCCUCCCUAACCAACAAUGGCACAUUCCGCCUCAACACCGUCCCCCUCCCAACCACAAUCCCCGCAGACAAACUCCUCAUCCGCGUGCACUACCUCUCCCUCGACCCAGCAAUGCGCCAAUGGCUAACCGCCAAACGCUCCUACAUCGCCCCCGUCGAACUAGGCGCCAUCAUGCGCGGCCAAAGCAUAGCCCAAAUCAUCUCCGUCGGCACCUCCCUCUCCAAAUUCAAGCCCGGCGACUGGGUCGUCGCAUACUCCGGCUGGACCGAGUACGCCCUCCUCUCCGCCAAAGAAGUCCAACCCUUCACCGUGCCCGCUGGCGGCCGGCCCACAGACGCAAUGUCCGUCCUCGGCAUGACGGGUCUAACAGCCUACUUUGGCAUCACGGAGGUCUGCAAGAUCAAGCCGGGCGACACGGUCGUUGUGUCCGGGGCAGCGGGCGCAACGGGCAGUGUCGCGGGACAAAUUGCGCGAAUCCAGGGCGCGAAGAGGGUAAUUGGUCUUGCGGGGAGUCGCGAGAAAUGCGAGUUUCUGGUCCGGGAGCUCGGAUUCGACGUUGCGGUGAAUUAUAAGGAUGAGGAUUGGAAGAGACAGCUCAAGGAUGCGACGCCGGAGUAUAUUGAUGUUUUCUUUGAUAAUACCGGCGGUGAGAUACUAGAUGCGUGUCUUGCUAGGGCGAAUCGUGAUGCGAGGUUUGCUAUCUGUGGGGCUAUCUCGCAGUAUAAUACUUCCAAGCCGAAGGGGCCGGCGAGUUUUAUGACUGUUAUUUCGCAACGUGUUACGAUGAAGGGAUUCAUUGUUUUUGAUUAUGCGGAUAAGUAUGCUUCUGCUGUGCAGGAGUUGGGCUCUUGGUUGGCGCAGGGUAAGCUUAAGCGGAAGGAGCAUAUUGUGCCUGGUGGAAUUGAGGGAGCGCCUCAGGCUCUGGUUGAUCUGUACAAGGGUGUUAAUACUGGGAAGAUGAUGGUUGAGGUUGCUCCGGUCAGUGAGGCUCUGGCAGACAAGGCGAAGCUGUGA